UGACUAAGCAAAACCAGGCCCAAGCCCAAGCUGUUAAAUUUCUUGAGGUGCCGUCUGCACCGUCUUCUUCACCCAAAACCCUCCAAGUUCCACCAUUGACGAUCACAGAUAAAGCCAUUGAAUUGAAGAACCUCAUCCCCCAAAACAAGAGUUCAGAUAUUAAGGAAGGACAAGCUUUCUUCUCUGUUGCUUGAAAAUUGUAAUAUUUGUGGAUCAUCUUGUUCUAUUCUAAUAUUCUUUGAAGUGGGUUUUUCAUAGUUUAUUCUGAAGCCUAUUUUACCAAGGGAAAGACUUAGUUAUGAGCUCAAACCCAAGUUUUCCUGUCACCAACAAGAACAUCUCUUUGGAAAUUAAGGGUAACAAAACAGAUGUAGUCAUUUGCAGCUAUGAUGAUCAUUUCUUUGUUAUUGCAACUCAAAUAGGAACUAUGGGAACAAUACUUAAAGCUAGAAAAGAUGAAGGGAUGUUGACCCAACCAACUUUCGAUGUGUCUGUUAUUGUUGGCAAAAGAGAUGAGCCAAUGCUAGUAGUAUGCGCUCGUCAGCUAAUAGAACAGAUCAGUCUUUCCGGUUCCACCAAGUCGUUGAUCCUCGCUCUUGGCCUGAAAGAUCAUUCCGUGGAGACAGUGAAGGGUAUUGUUGCUGCCGUGGUUGAAAAUCGUCUCUGGUGACUUAGUGUUGAGAAUUGUAGGUUUUCUUAAUCUAGUAUCUAAUCGUCUAUGGUGGUUAUUGUUGGUUAGAUUCAUUCAAGCACUAACUAUUGCUGAUUUUAGAAUUAAAAACCAGAAGGCCUUUUUAGUGAUGAGAACAAAAACAACAGUAUCUCAAUGAAGAAAGAAGAAAAUGAUACAUGCUCUUUUGCCAUGAAAAUGUUAUAUCUCAUUUCUCUUUUUAUAAACAAAAAACAAAGAAAAGGUGUCAAAAGCCAUACAUGUUAUAAUUAGAGUAAGCCACUGAGCUCUUACCGUUAAUAUCGGUUCAUUACUAAGUAUUUUUGAUCAUUUGUUCUAAUCGAGUUGAUGGGGUUUUAGCAUAUGGAUAUACUGUGAUCUUUUUAUUUAUUGUAUGAAUAUUUGUAAUAGUUAGAAGAAUAUCAAAAUUGUCCAUAAAAGGUUAGAAUUUU